AAGGCGUGCAAGAACUGCAGCUGCGGGCGCGCGGAGGCGGAGGCUGAGGAGGAGGCGGGUAAGCGGGCGGCGAUGACCGAGGAGAAGAAGGAGGAGUUUAAGAGCUCGUGCGGGAACUGCUACCUGGGCGACGCGUACCGGUGCGCGGGAUGCCCGAUGCUGGGGCAGCCCGCGCAGGCGCCGCCGGGGUCCACCACCGUCAAGCUGGACCUGACGAGCGACAUCUAG